AUGGAUUCCCUAGAGAGUGAUGCCCCAACUUCAAAUUCUGAUUCAUCCCCGAUUCCAGCUGAAAAAAUACCCAAGAAAGUUAGGAAAACCUCCCAGCCACCAUCAUUCUGUGAAAUACAAAACCUGGACCUCAUUGAUUUCACCCCUGGUCCUGUUAGCAACUAUUUCACCCCUCUACCAGAGGAGUUGCUCCACUUCCAGUACAGGGAUGAGACAACUGAAGAAGAGAGGCAGUGGGAAAGGUCAGCAUUCCCCCAGAGGAAAAAGACGUUCAUGGGGAACAUAAGACAGAAAGCCCUCAAAAACAUGGCACCUUAUCAAGUUGAAAGGGAAGGGAAGAUCUCUUUAUCUCGUGGUAAAGACCAGAAUGGAUGUAAAUGCCAUUACUGCCAGAUUGAGAGGGAAGAUAUUUCUAAGAACCCGAAAGAGGAGAUUCCAUCCCCUUGGAAAGUGGUGGUACAAGGUCUAAGCUGCUUGACCCUCAGCCCUGAUACCAAACAGAAGAAGUAA